CUCUCAGAAUAAACGAUGCCUUCAACUGCCAUGCUGCCGAUCAGGCCAUUCGCUAUAAGCACCCCUAUCUGGCGUCACACGAGGAGCGAGUGGGCGCGUACAAGCGAGUGCGGCUCUUCCUGUGCCAAUCAAAGGACGAGGCUGAGGACUUGCAGAAUCCGGCUGCUGGGCCUGCGGCAAUCAGAGGCGGCAGCAGUGGUGGCGCAGGGCGGUGGGGGUGAGGCGAGUGGUGGACGCCUUGGCUCUGGCAUGCCAGGAGAAGCCCCUCGUUGCACACAGCUUCUUCCUCGACCUCUCGCAUAUUCUUCACAAGUUCGUGGGCCGCCUGCCGCCCUCCCCGGCAGCCUUCUCUCACGAGGUUCGCCGGCUCUUCCCGCACUGUGGGACACCAGCUGGCUCUCUGCGGCUGCCCUUCUCCACCAGGAAGUUGCAAGCACCAACAGGCGCGCAACACUCAGCGAUCUCUAUGAUGUUUCGAGGAACCUUCCUUUUGUGGGUGGGGCGCCCAUGCGAGUGCAGUUCGGCCACGAGGCUGCCAGAUAUUCGACAUCAAACGGCCAGGAUCUGAGCCACGAGGCGGCAUACGAUGCAUUUAUGACAGGAGUGGUGUUCGCCCAAACCUGCCACCGCCUCGGCCUCCCGCCCCACCUCCUCUCCUCCCUCCCCCCGCUGCCGCUGCUACGAGGAGAAGGGGUUGUGAGUAGGAGGGGAGAGGUGGAUGUGGGUCGUUGGAGUAAAGUCAGUCAACGCAGCAAAGGGAGCACCAGUAUAUCAGCAGCAGAUGCACCAAUGGCAGCGGCACCAUCAGCAGCAGCAGCAGCAUCAGGGUUAGCAACAGCAGCAGCAUCGGCAGCAGCAGCAGCAGCAGCAGCAGCAACAGUGGCUCGACUGUCCAACAUCACCACCCUCAUAGGCAAGGGCGCCAGGGACAUUCAUCUAGACCUGGCCACAGGGCGUGCUGCCGUUGGCUGCAGGGCCCCCUCCUUUGACACCCUCCUGUCUAUCCACCCUUCCUCCUCCUCCUUCUCCUCCUCCCCUCUGUCUCCCAACAGCAGCAGCCACAUCUCCGCACCCACCACUCCCAGCUCCAGCAUUGAUCUCACCAGCAGCAGCAGCAGCAGCAGCAGCAGGAGGGAGGAGGACCGGUCCAACGUGCUCUUCGUGUGGGGCGUGCCGCCCUCGCUCCCCCCUCAGCGCCUGCGCUUCCUCCUGCGCGGCCUGCUGGGCUACAAUGCGCCCCUCGAGGUCGAGCUCAUCGACAGUGGUGCCCCCGAUGGCAGCACUGCCACUGAUGGCUGCGGUGCUGCCUUUGGCCGUAGUGCCGCCCUUGUGAGGUUCGGCAGUGGGAAGGAGAGGGAUGUGGAGAAUGUGGGGAGGGUUAUGGGGGGCUGGGGAGAGCGCUGGCAGGGAGUGGGAGAGGUGGUGGUGGGGGGCUGGGGUUGGGGAGAGGUUGGGAGAGAGAGCAGCAGCGGCAGCAGAGAUGGUUUCCCUUGGGAUUCGUGCUGCCCCUUUCUCAGCGUUUGUCACGUUGUGUGAGUGUACUGUUCCGUUUACGUCAGCUAGUGAGGGCGCUGAUGUGUUCAGGUUUGAUCAGCUCCUUUUGGCUGCUGGCCAGAGAUCCCCAGCUCGCACACAAGCUGUCAAAACAAGCCGACCGAACAUCAGAGAAGGGCGGGGAGCAAGGGAGGGCAUGGUGGUUGUUGACGGUGGUAGUAAGACUGGUACUGUGGUACAGCCGAGAGAACGAGUGCCUAAAUGAUUUGUGCUGUGCAUUUCUGUAGACGAAAUAAGCCACCAAACUAGGAAUUGCAGCAUACCAUGUCGGGAAGCUCCAGCAAAUUGGGCAUUGUGCUCUCCGCAUCAUGAACAUGGUGUACAAGAAAGCACUUGGUCGGGGUUGAAAAUGGGAAGGGAGACUUUCAUUUAUUGUUGUAUAGG